ACGUUGCGACGCUCGAUCGAAUGACACGUACAGUUAGUAAACAAGGAUAGAUAGAAAGUUGUUGUCGAAGGAAAUAAAAGAAAAGGAAUAAAGCUAGCAGGCUAACUACUGUGCCAAGUACGUUUAUGAUCUGCCAAGAUCUCAGAAACCUGUCUCAAUAUGAACGUGUUUGACCGCAGCAUCAAAUUGGAUGUUCUCCUCAAGUUCUCCCAAAUUUCCCAAUCUACCCAGUUACACCUGAAGAAUGUCUACUCCAGUUUGGCAGUUUGCAUGUUCGUGGCUGCAGCAGGCUCCUACGUCCAUGUUGUCACACGGCUCUUUCAGGGUGGUUUGCUGACUCUUCUGGGUUCCCUGGGCAUGGUGGUUUGGUUGUCCAUGACACCACACAACCCAGAGACCGAGAAGAAGAGACUGGCUAUCCUUGCAGGGUUUGCUUUCUUCACAGGUGUUGGUCUUGGACCAGCAAUGGACUUUGUCAUCAUCAUUAACCCAAGCAUCAUUGUGACAGCCUUCCUUGGAACCUCAAUCAUCUUUGUCUGCUUCACUCUCAGUGCCCUGUAUGCCAAGCGCAGGAGCUUCCUCUUCCUAGGAGGUACUCUGAUGUCUGGCUUGUCUGUCUUGUUCCUGGUGUCUGUGGUGAACAUGUUCUUUGGAUCAGCGAUACUCUUCAAGGCUCACAUGUACCUGGGGCUGGUCAUUAUGUGUGGCUUUGUUCUGUUCGACACUCAGCUCAUCAUUGAGAAAGCAGAGAAUGGAGACAAGGACUACAUCUGGCAUUGCGUGGACCUGUUCCUCGACUUUGUGACCAUUUUUAGAAAACUCAUGAUUCUCCUUGCCAUGAAUGAGAAGGUAAUUUGUUUAUUUUCCCCCAAAGACAGAAUAUUAAUCUCAUGUAAUGUUUACUUUUUCUCAUACUAGCAAAUUUCACAAUAGGCAAAUGGUAAUAUUUUAUAUUUUCAGGACAAGAAGAAAGAAAAGAAGUAGAUUAAAUAAAUCCAGUUGAAGUUUCAAAUGAAAAAUGAUCUGUGACAAGGAACAGAACCAGCAACAAAGCCUCUGUCUGCAGUGCUGUUGGUGCUUUUACUAUUUGUCGUUCUUGGUUACUUUUUGUCCUUUGAUUUGAGCUUGCAAGAGGUUAUGAUAAGGUUGUAUUUUAGGCUACUGCUGCAGUGAGAAUGCUUGUCCUGUAGGGGGAGUGGUUGUUCUAUGAAGGUCUACAUAACAGAACUGAACUCUUUGUGCCAUAAAAAAAAAAAGAUUUUCAGAAGGCUGUUUGAGCUUUUGGAGAUUAAUCAUAGUUUUAUGUUGUUCUAAUAUUUUAUUUGUUAAUGCUAUUCCUCUAAUCUGUUUAGUUUAUGGAAGGGAUGUGACAGACAUCCUGACCCGUUAUGUCUUUAUCAAAUCACAUUUUAUUUGUCACAUGCGCCGAAUACAACCUUACCGUGAAAUGCUUACUUACAAGCCCUUAGCCCUUAACCAACAAUGCAGUUCAAUAAAUAGUUAAGAAAAUAUUUACUAAAUAAAAUAAAAAAAGUAACAAUAACGAGGCUAUAUAUAUAUUGGGGUACCGGUCCCGAGUCACAACUUCUCAUUUUCCUCUUAUUUACUACUUCACUGUGUUACGUUGAAGAAGAACGUAUUGGUAAUUCGGCUGACCUUUCAUGAAGAUGUACAAUUGCACUUUAUGGUCAGCUUGUGCGCCACAAAAAGGACUGGUCAAGGCUGUAGAAUAGAUGGAUCAACUGUCGAUGCGUUCUCUCGUAAGAUUUUUGUUAUCUGAAAAGGCCUACUGUGAAAAACAUACUUUACCAGUGAUAACUUUGAAUACAUUUAUCAAAUUAGGUUAACUAAAUGCAGUUUUCAUUGCAGAUAUACAUUUCAAGAGCAAGGUACAUGGUGUAAUUUUAUUUUAUUUGUGCUUCAGUGAGAACACAUGAACAAGAAAUAAUCAAAAACCUUUUUAAAAGAAUGUUGACAUCUUAGCUGUUCAAGAUUAUGACAUCCAAAGUUAAACAAUCUAUUUUAGCCAGGUGACUGCAUUUACAAGUUAACAAAUAAAAUGAACAAUUACAAAUAUGCAGUUGAUUUAACAUAAAAAUAAAUACAUCAUUAAUUGGACAAUAUUAUUGCUGGCAUAUUACCUUCAAAGAAUGGUCAGCUAAACUAAACGCUUUCUUGGCAGUUAGAGAAAAUCUUAACACCAUCACCAAAUAAUUUUACAUAAAAUUAAAUGUAUUCAAUAGUGAAAAAUGAAGCUCAAGAUGAAGCAUUCAGUACAUUGGAUGUACUGAUAAAGAGAAGGAUUUAUUGGUAUUAUUGGUAAUGAGUCCUUGCAUGUUCAGUGUUCCAGCGCUCUGUAGGUGAAGGUUUGAGUAAGACAUAUUCAAUUUCAACAUAAAAUUAUUUUUUGUGUGGGAAUGUUCGAUAUUGUCAUCAUGUGUAUUACCUAGUACUAAGCGAUUAACUGAAAUGUUAGUUAUUUUUGUUUUCAAAUGGACUGACAUCCGUUGAAUUAUUUGAAUUCCAUUUAGUUGUUUUCUGACCUCAAUGCGCACAUUGCGCAGUUUCUCUAGAGAUAAAUCAGAUCAAGCCAUGUGCAAUGUAGUAGGGAGUUGUAGAAUAUUGACCUGUUGGAAACUACAUAAUUUCGCGCUGAAACCGUGGUAAUUAACUACAAUGACCAUACUCGAUUGCGCAGCUACUUGUCAGGUCUGCUUCUUUUAGGCAUGCUACCUUAGGUUAGUGUGAGGCAGACAGAAGAAUGCGCGAUAGGGAUAGAGAGCACUUGCUUCGUGAGGUGUCUGUACCCAACAAUACAUUAUCUAAGUGAUUGAUAGUUGGUAUUAAGCGGUCAUAAAAAUAUGCCUUAUUUAUUUUGAAUAACAUCUAAAAUAGGGAUUUUGUCAGAGCAUAGGCAGCAGCUCAAUAGAGAUGAGAUGACUUGGAAUGGAAUAAUAACGUAAUAUACACAACUGAAAUAUUUUAUUAAAUGAAUGUGAAUAAAUGGUGCAGUAAUGUGCAGUCACUGACAAAUGUAACUACCAUCAUUGGACUUUAAUUGUUUUAUUCUGUGUUACAGCAUUUAAUUAGCAAAAUAAAUAAUCGAAAUCAAACUGGUA